AUGCUUGUCGUUCAUCCUGCAAGUUGUUGUGAUGUCUGCCUCGAUCCCUACUCUAUUUCUUCAGAACCCGCUAACUCUCCGCAUGCGAUUGCUUGUGGUCACAUCUUCUGUCUCACGUGCCUUCGCUCCUUAUCACCAAGUGCAUGUCCACUUUGCCGAAAACCUUUCGAGUCAGGUCGUGUCAAGAAACUUCACCUUGCGAAUCCACCCGAACUAGAUAAUGCUGCACAGGAUGCUAUCGAUGCUCAUGCCAGUCUCCUCCUCCAGCGCAUAGCUCUAGUCUCAGGUGAAGACACACCAGAGGCAGAUGUUGUCGAAGUAGUCACCGAAGUGCAGGAAUGGCUUCAGUCUCAACCAGAUGACCCCAAUUCUCACAUGGCUCUUCGGGCUGCCGUGUCUUCCCUUCAGCGAUACAAAGCUCUUCAAGAUCAGAGCGAGCGUGAAAAAGCAGAAUAUCGUCGCCUCCGAAGCCAACUUCGGAAUAACAAGCGAAACGCAGACCAUGACUCCAAAACAUCUCGCGCAGUGGAAGAAAGUCUACUUUCCAGGAUUCAAGAAAUAGAGAACGAACAUGCUCUAGAGGUGAUCAUUCAGUUCAUCGGUAUUUACAUUGGACUUACCUCAUCAUCAAAUACACAAUCCCGAUAUCGCAACACCAGCAAUCCCCUCCCCCCACCUCCAGAGCCUUUGCCGAUGGAUCGAUUCCCGACCUUUGCAAGGCCCAGUGGAGGUUUCGAUUCUCUCCUAGGUGGCGCCGUUCCAUACCCUGCACCACCUCCGCGGGAUAACGCUACCCGUGUUAAUGGCGAAGCACACGCCUCAGGAUCUAAGGGGACAAGCUCGUCUUACAAUCCAGUUUCUCAUCCCCCCAAGCCCCCACCUAUAUCCAAUACCAGACCUCCCGAGGCUCCUCGGGUAGAAGAACACUGGACAGACGACACGCGACGACCCCGUGCAUCAUCCAUACACAGCCGCGCACCUGAGUCUCAGUCGAAAAUAAACAUCACGACCCGUGGAGUACACAUCCCUCCUAGUGCUGUCCGUGUCAAUCCUUCUCCAACCUGGGCAGCGCGUCCCCUCGUCGUCGAGGAUCGGCGAUCUGACGAUGAGAGAGAGCUAAGACGCAAAGAGAAGAGCAGUAUUAAUAUCGACACAGAUGUAGCGAAUGAUCUGUCCACGCGGCUAGCCUCUGCCGCAGCUUACGUCUCAGGCUAUGGUUCAGGAUACGAAUCAGGCUAUCAGCUGGUCAAUGCUCCGUACGUGUCGACUGGUGGCAACGAAAGGGCCUUUCCGUUGUUAGAGACGCAAUCACCAGAACAAGUUAUGGAUGUUCUGGGCUUGGUCGGCUCAUCGGGAGAAGAUCAUCAGACGCCUGUGCCUCGAGCACGACCCGCUCCCAGACGGGCUGUGACUGAUGCGACUCGAGUGGAUAAUGUUUCUAGAGGUUAUCUGAAUAUACCUUCGCUUGGUUCACCGUCACCUGAGAAUGGUAUGCGACGUCGAGCGACGGUGCAGAACGUUGGUCAGGCGACCCGAGUGGAGAAUGUUCCCAGAGGUCUUUCGGAUGUGCCUUUGCUUGGUACGUUACUACUUGAUAUUGGUGUAGGACGUCGAGCGGCGGUGCAGAGUGUUGGCCAGGUCCUUGGUAUCGAUGUUGGGUUGUCGACGUUGAAUGGGAAUGUAGCAGCAGGAUCUGUACGUUUGAAUGACAGCGCAGCAGGCUCUGCCCGUCUCAAUGACGGCGCACCGUCCCGUCCUACCAACUCGCAAAUCCGCAUGCCCAGACCCCGACCACUUAUCCCUCCCUUAGAUCCGACACUCGACGCAGAAAGCCCAAGAAGCGUCACCACAUGGGGAACCGUAUCCACCUCACGGGAAGGCAGCAUGGAUCAUCUCGGCCUUUUGGGGCUGCACAAUGGGGGCGUGCGUGGGCAGGGGAGCAUUGCUGGCGAGUCUAUAAUAGGUCACCUAGAGUCAGACGAAGAUAACAUAGAUGAAGAUGGAGAAGAUGUCAGGGUGGCACCUGUUAUACCAAUGCCUAACGCUGGACCGGAUGCAUUGGGUCUUAUUCUUGAAGAUGGAGGGGAUGCAGAUUAUGUGGUGCGUGAUGAGGAGUGGAGGUAUCGUGCGCAGUCUUCGUAUGCUGCGAGUCGUACUUCUUAUCCACCCAGUCCUACUUCACAUACACCAAAUCACACAUCUCACCCUACAAAUCACACCUCACACCCUCCAAACCGUCUCUCUCGUACCCAAUCCUCUCGCAACCAACGCGCUUAUUAUCGUCGACACACAUCACAACCGAGGGGAUACGAAGAAGGGACGACAACGCGCGUUCCUAGUGGCAGUUCUUCAUAUACGAAUACCAAUGCGCUAUCGCUCCAUUUUGAUGCUUCGCUUUCGGUGCACGAUCAUGCCACGCGUCCUUUCACAGGCGUUGGGGAUGGUUCUUUUACAAGUACCGGGCAUGGACCGUCCACAAACACCGGAAGUGGUUCUUUCACAAGUGGGGGGCAUGGUCCUUUUUCAAAUACAGGAAAUGUCGAUGGCCCACAGAUUGUCGCCCCUACCCCAGUCGUUGGCGGGCCUAAUAUCGCGCAUAUGUGGGCCAAUCGCACAUGA